AUGCUGAGUGAUGGGACUGAGAUCAAUAUGGGUCUGAAGCACAAUGAUCUCUGUGAAGCGAUGUGGGGGCACGCUGUUGGCACGGUGACAGCUGAAACUUUGUGUGAACUAGGUGAUUAUUACAACACAACACAAACUGCCAGUGUCAACUGUCCUCAGUCAAGAGACAGCUGAUGUUGAUCGCAACGAGAUAGCAAGUGUAACGAACAUGCAGUUUGCCGUGACGUUGACAGAUUGGAUCUAG